AUGGACGUCAGAAUUCAAGCGGCUCUUUUGCUCUGCCUCCUCUCCUCACCGAUUUUCUCCCACGCGUCGCGCCCGUGGCGGGCAGAACCUUCAACGCACGACCCGCCGACACAAGAGACGUCGCGUUCGGAGUCCAUCGAGCCGCUCGGUCUGGACGAACUCCGACCGGACACAGGAAUCCGCGUCCCGGAAUCUGUAUCGACGGCGCUUUCGGCGUGGGACGACGACGACAAUAAUUUGAGCGCCACGGCCGUCGACGGAGCCGCGGCGGCGGCGGCAGCAGCGGCGGCGGAGGCGGCGGAUGAUGCAUUUCGUGCGUCGAAUGGCCCCGAGUCUCAAGGUUGGAGCGAGGACGGGGCGCUGCAAUCGGAAGAAGACAACAUGAACGUGGUUGUAGCGGGUCAAAACAGCGUCGUGACUUUUAGCGAGGAACUUGUAGCGGACGAAAUUCCCUCGGAUGUAGCGGAGGUUAUCCCCACGGCUGUAGCGGAGUUCCCGGCAGCAGGCAGUGACUUGGAGGAGCGCGACAAUGUGGCUGUAGCGGGGCAGAAUACGGUCGUGAUCUUUGCAAAAGAAGCCACUGCCGUUGGCGGCGAAACGGAUACAGCAGAGAAGGCGGAGGAGAAGGCGGAGGUGAAGUCGGGUGCGGAAGAGAAAGCGGAAGAAAAGGCGGAAGAAAAGGCGGAGGUGAAGGCGGAAGAGGCGGCGGAGGAAGGCGCGGAGGGGCAGGACAUCGCGGCGGAGGUGGAGGCGGCGGCGGAGGAAGCCGCCGCCGCCGCUGCUGAGGCGGCAGCAGCUGUAGCCACGGCCGCGGACGCUGACACCGAGACGGCUGUAGCGGCGGACUCGGAGGCUGUAGCGGAAGGCGACGUGGUGAGCUCCGACGGCAACGAGAGUCCAGCAGACGGUGAAACAGAGGGUGCUCCGGCCGAGACGGCUGUAGCAGCGGGCGCGGAGUCUGUAGCGGAAGGCGACGCGGUGAGCUCAGAAGGCAGCGAGAGCCCAGCAGACGCGGAGGCUGGAACAGCAGAGUCUCAGUCCACUGAGGCAGCAGAUACGGAGGCGGAACAAACUGCAGAUUCGCAUUCCAGCGCUGAAGAUUCUGAAUCUGGGAGCAUAACCAGCGAGAGUAGCCCUGCCAGCGAGAACGAGGGCGAUUCUGAGGGUGCUGCUGCUGACGGUGCGAUGAGAACUCUGGAUGAUGGGCCGACUGCGGAAGAGAUUUUGCCGGAAGGGUCUGACGGAUUGGAAGAGGGAGCUGCUGCAGUCGCCGUCCAGUAG